CAGCCCGCCAACGACCUGGGGGCAGUGCUGAGGACGAGAGCGAAUCCCAGGAUGUUGGAGAUGAAUACGAGGUGCCCAGUCCGAGACCAAACCCUGGAAUGGGCGAAGACCUGCAAGAGAAGAAAGAGGAGUCGGAGUCUACAGUGAGGAACUCCCCAUGGGCGACCGACGAAGAGGUGUCCGAGGCCCCGGAAGGCGCGGGCGGCGCGGGCAACAGCGAUGUGGGGAGCUCGCUCCGCUCGCCUCCCCGCGCCCCAGGCCCUCGGCUGGGCGAGGACAUGGAAGCGUAUGUGCUGCGGCCAGCGCUGCGCGGUCGCACGGUGCAGUGUCGCAUCAGCCGCGACAAGCGCGGGGUAGACAAGGGCAUGUUCCCUUUCUACUAUCUCUACCUGGAGGCGGCCGACGGCCGAAAGGUGCGGUCUGGUAGCCUCGGAAGCAAGUCCCACCUCCCAAGGGCAAGUCCCGCCCCUUUCUGAGCGACAGCAAGACUUAGGCGAAUCCAGGCCUUGCUCGUCAUUGAACUAGGACUAGUCAGCUCCAGUGCCAAGUCCUGCCCUUCACAGCACUAGGAUUCUUUCCUCUCAGAGCCCGAUAGGCCCUCCCCAUCCCAUAAUCCAGCCCUGUCCACUCUCGAGUUGGGCCCGCCUUUCUCAAGGCUAGGCCGCGCCCUUUCGGAAGGUCCCAAGCCCCACCUCUUACAGACCCUCGUGAGGUACUGGCCUCAUCUUUUUCGAUCCAAGUCUGGUCCCUCAGUGAGCCUUCUGUGUUAUCAGGCCCCACCCAAUCCUGGGACAGGCCCCGCCUCUCAGGAGUCAAGCCCCUUGCUUCGUGGAUUUUCCACCCAAAGCCAAGCGACUCCCCUCUCCGUCUGGCCAUUCCUGUCUCAAGUGUGGCCGCUUCUCCUCAAUUACUCAUUCUCUCCCAGAAAGAGGCUUUUCCCCUACUCAGUGCCAGACCUGUUUUUUCCCCGAUGAAACACGUACUGAAGUCCUGCUGCGAUGUUCCAAGUGAGGCUCUUCCCUAUUCUCCAAAGCCAGGCCCUGCCUGCCAGUCAGGCUCGCCCCUCCCUGGGCUCAGCCCCAACCCUGAACCCAAUGGCCGAAGGAAUAAGGGGCAGAUAUUAAGAUGUGAAAUGGGGGCUUCCCUGGUGGCGCAGUGGUUGA